AUAGCUUUCGAUCAACAUGUGAGCUCUUUGUCCUUAUUACCAGGAGUCUUGUCCUGUCAGUUUGUUCUUAUAUCCUAGUUUCUCGUUAUAAACAACAGAUGUCUCUUCGUGAAUUCCUGCUGCAUCUACUCGCGCCCAUCUCUGAAACGCGUUCCGUUGUUCACAUAACAGUUUUAGGAAGUGCACCACAAAUUCGAUCGUCUGUACAGUUGGUUCACACCUUCAGUUACGUACUCCUCUCUGUGCCAUGAUCCAAGACGUGCGCCUGCAAAUUCGCGAGUUUGCUGCGCCAGCGGCGCAAAAACUGGGCAUCGGCAAGAUAUCUGACUUUGCCGAUGUUAUCUUGCUCUCUUUCGUGUUCUUUACUACUGUGCACAAUAGUUUCUCACCUGCAGUAAGCGGUGUGCUCUUUCCUGUCUCAUAUGGGAAUGCAGGAAAGAGAGCGAAGAACAACUGGAAUAUACGCGUGGCAUCGCUCGUCCAUGCUAUCUUGAUCAUAUUCCUUGCCGGGCGCUGUCUCAAUCUCCCGAGCCUUGACCAAAAUCGCGCCUUUGGUUGGCAUGAAGAUGCAGGGUUUGUAAUAGCUAUCGCAACGGGUUACUUCAUCUGGGACACUUUGGAAUCGAUCAUCCAUUUCAGUGACGUUGGAUUCGUUUUCCAUGGCAUUUCGUGCCUUCUGAUAUAUGGCCUUUCAUUUACGCCCUUUGUUCCUUACUAUGCAGUACGCUUCUUGUUUUGGGAGCUGAGCACUGUAUUCUUGAAUAUCCAUUGGUUCUUGGACAAGACAGGAAAAACAGGCAGUGUCCUUCAGCUUGUCAAUGGCAUUGUUCUCAUUACGACCUUCUUUUGUGUACGCUGCAUCUGGGGCGGAAUGAUGUCAUAUGACUUCUUCGUGACUUUGAGUGGCGUGGACGACCAAAUUUUGACACCAUACCUCGUCAUUUAUGGAGGUGGCAACGUCUUGCUCCAAGGUCUCAACUGGUUCUGGUUCACCAAGAUGAUAGUUGCGCUUGUGAAAAGGUUUCAAGGAAAACCCAAUGGUCACAAGGUCGUCAACGGAAAGACCAAGAUAUAACCAACUUUUAGAUAUCUUUUUGUUUUGGAGGUUGAAUGCCAGCAGUAACGGAUAUUGUAUGAUUAAAUCCACGGAUCAGACCACUAGGCCACAGUGAACGCUGCCUCUACUUGCGUCCGUACUCUCCGCUCCCAGGCAACAAGGUUCACGCGUCGAGUGACCUCGAUUCUUGUGCUGUCUAUGCUAUAAAAAAGACAGUGUAGGUACGCGAAUGCGAGUGCAUCCAAGCCAGUGGGAUUUCUGC